AUGGAAUUCUUGUUCAGAAUUUGGUUGCUUGAGGGAUCGAGAGCGAGGGCUAAACGCUCUCGAUACCUGGCUGAGGGAAGGCGGAGGAGGAGGAAGGAAAUGGAGGAAGAGGAAAAGAGAACGAGAUCCGAGAGAAGAGGGAGGAGAAAGAGAGGGAGAGAGAAGGGGAGGCUUUUGUGGAUUGAAAAUGAACGAAAAAGCCUCAAAUAUGUACGAAAAGCAUUUGUGGCUUUGAAAUUGUCUUCGGCAAGACGACUAGGGAUGGAUCAUGCAAAAUAA